AGGACCGUAGUCCUGAAAUGAAAAAUAAAUUCUAAAGGACGAAAACGGCCACGUCUGGACCUAAACCCCUAAAAAACCCCUACGCCGUUUCUCUCUGGGUGUAGUCGGGACUUCAGACCUCUUUCUGUUUCUUUCUUCUUCUUCUUCUUCCCUUUUUUCUUAAAAAAAUUUAUCGUUCAAUCUUCUUUAGCUUCAGGUUAUAGGAAACCCUUAAAAGGAAAAAAUAUGUCUGAGGUUGAUGAACAAAUCACAAAGGCUUUCAAAGCACGAAGAACAGCAUUGCAAAUGCUGAGGGAUCGGGGUUAUUCGGUAGAGGAUGCAGAAAUCAAAAUGUCAAGGCAACAAUUUGUUGAGAGAUUUGUGGUAAAUGGGCAGUUGAAAAGGGAGGAUCUUUUAAUUGAAUCAAGCAAAGGAGAUGGUCCAUAUAAUCAGAUCUGUGUUUUCUUUCCUGAUGGACCAAAGGUUGGUGUCCCAGUGGUAAGAAGUUAUGUUGGAAAAAUGAAAGACAAGAAUGCUUUCAAUGCAAUUUUGGUUGUACAAAAGCCUCUAACAGCACCAGCAAAAGGAGCUAUAGUUGAAGUUAAUACCAAUUUUGGUCUAGAAGUUUUUGAGGAGGCAGAGUUGUUAUCCAAUAUUACAGAACACAUAUUUGUUCCUAAACAUGCAGUGUUGACAAGUGAAGAAAAGAAGAAAUUACUUGCUGAUUACAGGAUAAAGGAAACACAGUUACCACGUAUCCUUGUCAACGAUCCAGUUGCAAAGUAUUAUGGAUUGAAGCGUGGACAAGUCAUGAGGAUUAUUCGAGAGAGUGCAACGGCUGAUACCUACGUUACUUAUAGAUAUGCCGUGUGAGUGUCUCCCUCAUAUUCACAUGAUGUGGAAUACUUAUCAGCUGGAAGGGUAAAGCAUUUGUGGUAAACUGGAAUUUUGAUAUUGGUUUUUCUUCUUGUUACAUCAAAAGUGAGAUGCUGACCUUGAUUUCAAAUCUGGGUUUCAUAAUUGCCAACUUAGCCAAGCUGCUGUUGUUGGUACAAUUUUGCUAUAUUGGUUAAAAUAAGGAACUUGCCUUUUG